AUGAAAUAUUCGAAUCCUAAGAAACUCUCGAUUCAUUUAGAUUUUACUUCAUUCAAAACUGAAUUAUAGAAUUCUUUACCAUCAUCAACUAAAAAAAUAAGUACCUAACCAAAUAGUCCAAAUGGAAUUGCCAAGAAUAUCAAAAGUUAUUAACCUUUGAUACUAGUAUAAAGCUCUUAUUCAAGUUAAAAUAUAUUGUCUCCAUAAAAGAAGAAGCAAACAGAAUUAGAAAGCACUUUCAGCAAAUUUCCUCUUCUUGUUGAUUAAUUUAUUAAGCUAUACAAUUUAAGUAAAAGUGAGACUAGCGAAUUGACAGGACUUAAAUAAGUAAUUAUUCUAGAAAUUUUAGGUUUAUUAUUAUAAACCAUCGAAGAUAUCAUCAGAAGGACCAAAUGGCGAUUAUCUAGCUAAUACGAAAGAUCACAUUCGAUAUUAAUAUGAAAUAAUAAAGUAAAUAGGAUAGGGAAGUUUUGGACAAGUUUAUGAGGUAUUAGAUCACAAGACAAAAAACAUAUUUGCUUUAAAAAUAAUAAGAAAUUCAGACAAUUUAAAAAAGUAAGCAUAAGUAGAAACAAAAAUAUUGCUUACAAUUUAGGAGAAAGAUCCAAUGAAUAUUUAAGCAAUAGUUAAAUUAUAAGAUCAUUUUAUAUUUAGAGGGCAUUAAUGUUUAGUCUUUGAAAAAUUAGAUUGCACUUUAUUUGAUAUGUUAAAAUAACAAUUAUUCAGAGGGUUUGAUUAUGAAACUUUAAAGAAAAUUACCUAUCAAAUUGUUAAGGGUUUAAAUUUUUUAAGAUAGUGUAAUAUUGUUCAUUGUGAUUUAAAACCAGAGAAUAUUAUGAUUAGUGAUAUUCAAUAAAAAGUAGUUAAAAUAGUAGAUUUUGGAACUGGGUGUUUUGAAGGUGAUUAAUUUUUUACUUAUAUAUAAAGUAGGUAAAGCUUUUAUAAUAUAUUAGAUAUUAUCGAGCUCCUGAAGUAUUUUUUGGUUUAAAUUAUGCUUAUGAAAUAGAUAUGUGGAGUUUAGCAUGCGUUAUUGCUGAACUUCAUACUGGAAAGCCUUUAUUUCCAGGAGAAAAUGAAAUUGAAUAAUUUCAUCUAAUAAUGGAAGUCAUAGGAAGUCCUAAACCAGAAUUUGCAUUGAAAUGUCCUAGAAAAAAAAUUUUCUUUGAUGAAUUAGGAUAUCCUAAGAAAACAAUAAAAUAAUAUAGAAAACCAAAAUCUAUUAAUUUAAAUGAAUUGCUGAAGACAACAGAAGAAGAUUUGGUUGACUUUAUAUAAAAGUGUUUAGUUUGGGAAUCAGAAUUAAGAAUGAAACCUAACGAAGCAAUCUAACAUCCUUGGAUUAAAAAUUUAGCAGUAUAAGAAAAAAAUAAAGUUAUUUCUUUUCGUAAUUUUAAAGAGAAUCAAAUAAAUAAAUUAUCGUAACAAUAGUUUAAGGAACCAUUUGAUAAGAAAAUAAUGGGAACUAUAGAAAAAACUAAGGCUUUUAUAUCUCAUAAUAAAAACAAUAGUUAACCCACUAUUUUAAAUAGUGCUAGGAAUCAAGAUUUAUCUAGUUUUAGACAGAGAUAAUAGAUGGUUUAAUCUAUUCAUUAAAUUCUAAGAUAAACCUAGACAAAAAAGAGUUCAUUUAUUAGGAAACCAUCAAUUGAAUGA